GUGAACGCUGGUCCCGAGCAACCGGGAGACCCGCCGGGGUGACAGCGGUGGGCCCGCCUUGAAAGCCAGCCAAUGGUAGCGCGCGGGAGAAGUGACGUAUCCGUUUGGUCUUCCGCUAGUGGACGGCGGGAGGUUGGUUGAGCGCAUGCGUCUUGUGGCAGCCUAGGGAAAGGUGCUGCUGGCGGCCCGAGCUGAAGAUAUGGAGCCGGGCUACGGAGGCUACGGGGCAUGGAGUGCUGGACCCGCCAACACCCAGGGUGCAUAUGGAACUGGUGUGGCCAGCUGGCAAGGUUAUGAAAACUACAAUUUUUAUGGUGCCCAGAACAGCAGCGUCACCACAGGAGCGACCUACAGCUAUGGCCCAACCUCGUGGGAGGCCACCAAGGCCAGCGAUGGCUUGGCUGCUGGGGGCCCUGCCGUACACAUGGCUUCUUAUGGCCCUGAGCCAUGCACCGACAAUUCCGACUCCCUCAUUGCCAAGAUCAACCAGCGUCUGGACAUGAUGUCCAAGGAAGGAGGCAGGGGCGGGAGCAGCGGCACUGGGGAGGGCAUGCAGGACCGGGAGAGCUCCUUCCGCUUCCAGUCGUUUGAGUCCUAUGACUCCAGGCCUUGCCUGCCCGAGCACAACCCUUACCGCCCCAGCUACAGCUAUGACUAUGACUUUGACCUGGGGCCUGACCGCAAUGGUGGCUUUGGUGGUCAGUACAGUGACUGCCGGGACCCAGCGCGUGAGCGGGGAUCCCUUGAUGGCUUCAUACGGGGUCGGGGCCAGGGCCGCUUCCAGGAUCGGAGCAACCCCAGCACCUUCAUGCGCAGCGACCCCUUCAUGCCGCCUGCGGCCUCCUCUGAGCCCCUGUCUGCUCCCUGGACAGAGCUGAACUACAUGGGUGGUAGGGGCCUGGGGGGCCCCUCCCCCAGUAGGCCACCGCCUUCCCUCUUCUCUCAGUCCAUGGCCCCCGACUUUGGGGUGAUGGGCAUGCAGGGAGCGGGCGGUUAUGACAACUCUUUGCCCUAUGGAUGUGGCCGGUCCCAGACCUGGAUGAGGGAUCGGCCCAGGAGGAGAGGGUUUGACCGCUUUGGCCCAGAUGGCAUGGGCAGGAAACGGAAGCAGUUGCAGAUCUAUGACGAGCCAGAUGCUAAACAGGCCCGGGCUGACAGCGAAGGAGAUGUUUCCGAAAACGAUGAUGGAGCUGGUGACUUUCGGUCAGGAGACGAAGAAUUCAGGGGUGAGGACGAAUUCUGCGACUCUGGGAGACAGAGAGGAGAGAAGGACGAUGAGGAUGAUGAAGUGAAAAAGAGAAGAGAAAAGCAAAGGAGGAGAGACAGGAUGCGAGACAGAGCAGCUGACAGGAUUCAGUUUGCCUGUUCCAUUUGCAAGUUUCGUAGCUUUGAAGACGAAGAAAUCCAGAACCAUCUGCAAAGCAAAUUUCACAAAGAGACACUACGGUUUAUAAGUACCAAACUGCCUGACAAGACAGUGGAGUUCCUCCAGGAAUACAUUGUAAACAGGAAUAAGAAAAUUGAGAAGCGGCGUCAGGAAUUGAUGGAGAAGGAAAGCACAAAACCAAAGCCAGAUCCUUUCAAAGGGAUUGGCCAGGAGCACUUCUUCAAGAAGAUCGAGGCUGCUCACUGCCUGGCUUGUGACAUGCUAAUCCCUGCGCAGCACCAGCUCCUCCAGCGGCACCUGCACUCUGUCGACCACAAUCACAACCGCCGAUUGGCUGCUGAACAGUUCAAGAAAACAAGUCUCCAUGUGGCUAAGAGUGUUUUGAACAACAGACAUAUAGUGAAGAUGCUGGAAAAAUACCUCAAGGGUGAAGACCCUUUCACCAAUGAAGCCGUUGAUCCAGAAAUUGAAGGAGAUGACAAUUUAGGAAGUGAGGAUAAGGAAGAGACACCUGAGGAGGUGGCUGCAGAAGUCUUAGCCCAGGUGAUUACAGCAGCAGUGAGAGCAGUAGAUGGGGAAGGAGCACCUGCCCCAGAGAACAGUGAAAUGCUGGCUGAAGGGGAAGGCCCCAUGGACAUGGCAGAGGCCACUGGUGGUCCCCACCCUGAACAGCUGCUGGAAGUGGAGACAUCCUGUGGAAUGACGUCUGAGAAGGGCAAUGCUGAAGCAGAAGCUGGAGGUGAAGCUGCCCAGGCUGGAAGCGAAGCUGCCAAGGCCGGAGUUGAAGUUGCUGAGGCCGGAGGAGAAGUGGAGACCCUGACAGCAGAGGCAGAAAGCACUGUAACAGUCACUACUCCUGCCCCAGCUGCCUCGGAAGCUGAAGUGGAACAAACUGAUGCAGAGUCCGAAGGUGUUAUUCCCACAGAAUGAUCCUCCUUUCCUUGUUUCAAGGGAUGUGUUAUAUAAUGCAUUGCUCUUUCUUUGGUUUGUAAGCAGUACUAGGGUGUGUGUUACUGGAAUAUGCUGAAAACUUAUUUUGGUUAAGAGACCCAGCCAUUUCCUUCAGAAAAGUGUACCUCACGAGCUUGUAGAGAGUUGUGUGGCUUUCUGCCUUGGUUUGAAGGCUGCAGAAGUUGUACAUUCCCCCAAGCAACUGUGACAUCUCUCUUUACACUGCAGUUGGAAUAAUUAAAGUUGGGUAAUUCGAUUUUGAUGAUAUUUUGCUAGUUAAAUACAGCCACUGGUUGAAUGCCCUUUUUUUUUAAUUAUUAUUAUUUUGUCUGGGAGCAGCUCAAUACUAAGAUAUAUCUUGCUUUAUAAAGGAUUUUUUUUUUUUUUAAUAUUUCAAGAAUUUGCUUUGGCUUUCAUUUUUGGCCUUUGCUUUUGUAGUGGACCAUAUAUAUAGUAUGUGAUCCUCACAAGAUGUAGCAGAAUCUUGUUAACGUGAUGUUGGUUCUGUCACCUCAAUGAAGUCUCUCAAAGGCCUGAGGAAGUUGACACACCUGCACCAUUGGACGCACACCUACUUGCCCCUCAAUAAUGAGGACACUUUGCCUAGGGUAUUGUUUCCCAAUCUUUAGUCCUUGGUGAAUCACCUUUACAAUUUUUUACCUCAUUUGUGUUCCACCUCUGCAUUACUUCAGGGUUUUUUUCUUUAAAUUGAGUUACUUCUACUUAAAAUAUUUAAAAAGAAAACUUGAUGUCACUCUCAUGAAUGGAAAACCAAUAUAAAUUGCCAUAGAUAGAUGCUAUCUAAAAAAUGAGUAUAAUGAAAUAAAAUAGACAUUUCAUUUUAGAUAAAUAGCAUUCUUUUGAAGGUUUCUGUGUCUGUGAGAAAGGAAGGCUAGCGUGUUAAGGGGUAGCAAGCAACAGCUCUUUGUUCAUGUAAUCAAAAGAAUUGGAAGAUAGCUCCCUUUUGCAAUGAUAUUGCUGGGUCUGUUUCCCUGUAAACCUUCAAACUGUGUGUCACAUUUAAGGAAGUAUUGGCCAGUGGGAAAUUAUUAGACAAGAGGUAGUAAAAUAUUUGAUGAACAUCUGUGUACCAGGUGCUAAUUUACAAUAAAAAUAAGAUAUGAGUGCUGCUCUCAAGGAGCCUUAUUGGAGAUGUGAGAUGAAUAUUUAUGAAAAUCAAUAUUAGAUUAGAACUAAAAACAAAUAAACUGCUCAAUAAGCAAGAAA